CCUCCCUCCUCCCUCUUUCUCCCCCUCCACCCCUCCUUGGUUUUUUUUCUUCUCUCUCCCGGACACAAAACCUCGCUCUUUUCACUGUGCAAUGGCGACCCCUGUGCCUGAAGUUGCUGAAGUCGCUGAAGUUGCUGAGGCUCCCGAGGGAGUCCCCGAAGUCGCGGAGCUUUCUGAAUUCCCUGGGGAUGACUCGGACAAUGUCUCGCUCAGCUCGUACGGAACGGAUUAUACCUCGUUGAAAUCGGGGGUGUUGAACUACGAAUAUGAUAACGGCCGUCGCUAUCAAAGCUAUCGCCGGGGCGCAUAUUUGUUUCCCAACGAUGAGGACGAACAAGACCGCAUGGACUUCCUGCAUCACAUCUAUGGCAUGAUCUUUGGCGGCCGACUGCAUCUGGCGCCGCUGAAGAAUUUCUCCGGCCGUGUCCUUGAUCUGGGGACCGGAACAGGCAUCUGGGCCAUGGAUUUUGCAGAUGAAUAUCCUGCCUCGCAUGUCAUUGGUAAUGAUCUCAGUCCGAUCCAGCCGGGAUGGGUCCCCCCCAACUGCAUCUUCGAGGUAGAUGACUUUGCCGCCAACUGGGAAUUCAACCAGCCGUUCGAGUUUGUGCAUGGGCGCGAGCUGUGCGGGUCGGUCAAAGACAUGGACCUUCUGGCGCAACAGGCGUUCGACAAUCUCAAGUCCGGCGGAUACUUUGAGCUGAAAAGCGUCAGUCUGGACAUGUUCUCCGACGACAACAGCUACGAGGAACGGGCCCCCUUCUCGCAGCAGAUGUGCGACCUGGUGCACGAGGCCAGCGUCCGCUUCGGCCAGCCGCUGCAGGACCUGAGCGUGUGGGAGUCCAGUCUCCGGGCCGCCGGCUUCGUGGACAUUGUGGCCGACAAGAUCAAGAUCCCCAUGAGCCCCUGGUCUGCCGACCCCAAGCAGAAGGAAAUCGGCCGCUACUUCCAGGCCAUGCACGUCCAGGCCAUGGACUCGUAUCUGCCCAAGCUCUUCUGCGACGUGCUCGGCUGGUCCAACCUCGAAGUCACCAUCCUCAUUGCCCGUUCGAAACACGAGCUGUUUGAUCUCUCCAUUCACUCGUACUGCAAUCUCUAUACUUUCUAUGGCCGGAAGCCAUGAAACAAAAUAUGAUACUCUUCUUGCAAAUAUGUUUGGCCUUCCCCCCUGUCAAGUAGACAAGGAUUACGGAUACGU